AAUGUUCAUGAUUGGAUUGUGUUGAUAUACCACUCAUUGAUUCCCUCACGUUAUUUCCUAUCAAAUACCCACGUUACUAUACACCCUACGUUAUAAUUCGUAACUCAUCACAGGUGUCGGACAUUUACAAAGCAAUUAAGCUAGAUAAAGACUCGAACAAGACAAGAUGGUUCGGCCCGAGUUAUCGCAGAAUCGCUCGAUGACGAUUCUAAACAAGGCGCGCGAAGGCGGAUAUGCGGUACCUGGAAUGUGCUGCUACAACAUCGAAUCGAUAAUCGCAACAGUCCGCGCCGCCGAAGCAGCCAAGUCACCAGCUAUGGUCUUACUCUUCCCCUGGGCCAUAGAAUACGCCAAUGCCUCUCUUGUGCGCGCAGCCGCCGAUGCCGCGCAUAAUGCGAAAGUUCCCGUUAGUUUACAUUUAGAUCACGCUCAGACACCGGAACUCGUUCGCCUCGCUGCCGAUAUCGAGGACGGUUUCGAUAGUAUCAUGUGCGAUAUGAGCCAUUACGAGAAAGAAGAGAACUUAGCUCUCACUCGUGAAUUGGUAACUUAUUGUCAUGAGCGUGGGAUUGCUGCCGAAGCCGAGCCAGGACGCAUUGAGGGUGGCGAAGAUGGUGUAGCGGAGACGGCUGAUCUAGAAGCAGUCCUAACAACACCGGAGCAGGCCAAGGAGUUUGUUGCGACGGGUAUUGAAAUGUUAGCACCGGCUUUCGGCAACGUACACGGAGAAUACGGGCCCCGGGGUAUUCAGUUAGAGUACGAUCGUUUAGAAUCGAUCAACAAGGCAGUUGGCGAUAAGGUACGGUUAGUCCUACAUGGCGCCGACCCAUUUACCGAGGACAUUUUCAAGAACUGCAUAAAAGGUGGUGUUUCCAAAGUCAACAUCAAUAAGGGAAUGAAUAAGCAUUACGCCACCGUGCAGGAAGAGAUGCGUGGGAAGCCUCUUACGAGCGUCAUUGAGGCGGGUACAGAUAGGAUGCAAGCUGCUAUCGAGCAGUAUAUGCAUUGGCUAGGUAGCGCUGGCAAGGCGUAAGGGAGAGAGGGUAAUCAAUGAUUGCUUAUGGGAUCGUGUGAUACAGAAGAGAGACAUUGAUUGUUUGCUAUAGACAGGGUUCCAUUUUUUAUACUAGUUAUCUUCUUAAUAAGCGAUAUGUCUUACGAUAAAAGGUGCAGGAUGAUCCAGAAAAGGAAGCUGAUCAGUUCUUCAUAUUCUUUGACCAAAUAAUUUUUGAUUGUAAUUAUUGAAAACGAAUAAAAUAGAUACAUUUUCACAAACCCAUUCACCAUUAAAUAUCCUCGCUAGCUAAAUCUCGACGCUGGGGAGCUAUGUAUAAGAUCAUUCAUCAUCUAUAUACAGGUUUAUUACGCAUCUAUGCAGAGGACUGCAAGCCUUUUAUGGCGACCAUCGCACCCCAAGCACCCGGAUCGGGGGGAAGUCCGUGGCUGCUGUCCGCACCUACGUAAGUGGCUCUGCCCAGUCUUGGCUUCAGCGUCUUCGUCAAUUCAGCUCCUUUGACCGCCGCUUCAACACCAUCCGCAAAUUGUCCAG